GUAAUAUUGUUGCUGGACAAAGAUGUAUCAAGAAAUUAACUGAUAUGCAGACUUCAACAAUGAUCAAAGCUACUGCCCGAUCAGCUCCUGAUCGAGAAAGAGAAAUUAAUAACCUCGUUAGACGAGCGGAUUUUAAUAAUGACUCGUAUGUUCAAGAAUUUGGUCUUACUAUUUCAAAUAAUAUGAUGGAAGUCAGAGGACGUAUAUUACCACCACCUAAACUUCAAUAUGGAGGGCGAGUGAGUUCUCUUAGCGGGCAGACGAAACAACAAGCAUUACCCAAUCAAGGAGUAUGGGAUAUGCGAGGUAAGCAAUUUUUCACUGGAGUGGAAAUCCGAGUAUGGGCGAUAGCAUGUUUUGCUCCACAAAGAACUGUACGUGAAGAUGCAUUACGAGCUUUUACUUCACAACUCCAAAAAAUUAGUAACGACGCUGGAAUGCCAAUAAUAGGACAACCAUGUUUCUGCAAAUACGCUACUGGGCCUGAUCAAGUUGAACCAAUGUUUAGAUAUUUAAAGUCUACUUUUCAAGCCUUACAACUCGUAUGUGUAGUUCUACCAGGCAAGACACCUGUUUACGCUGAAGUCAAAAGAGUUGGUGAUACAUUGUUAGGAAUGGCAACUCAAUGCGUACAAGCGAAGAAUGUGAACAAAACGUCUCCACAGACUUUAUCAAAUUUGUGUUUGAAAAUAAAUGUAAAACUAGGCGGCAUCAACAGUAUUUUGGUACCAAGUAUAAGGCCAAAGGUAUUUAAUGAACCUGUUAUAUUUCUUGGUGCCGACGUAACACAUCCUCCAGCUGGGGACAACAAAAAACCUAGCAUAGCUGCGGUUGUAGGGAGUAUGGAUGCUCAUCCAUCACGCUAUGCAGCUACCGUAAGAGUUCAACAACAUAGACAAGAGAUAAUUCAGGAAUUAAGUUCUAUGGUUAGAGAGCUUCUUAUUAUGUUCUAUAAGAGUACGGGAGGAUAUAAACCACACAGAAUUAUUUUAUAUCGUGAUGCUGUAUCUGAAGGUCAAUUUUUACAUGUCUUACAACAUGAGCUCACUGCAAUUCGUGAGGCUUGUAUAAAACUUGAAGCGGAUUACAGACCUGGUAUCACAUUCAUUGUUGUGCAGAAACGACAUCAUACACGACUAUUUUGUGCUGAUAAAAAAGAACAAAGCGGGAAAAGUGGCAAUAUCCCUGCAGGAACUACGGUAGAUGUUUGCAUAACACAUCCUACAGAAUUCGACUUCUAUCUUUGUAGUCAUCAAGGAAUCCAGGGAACAUCUCGGCCAUCUCAUUAUCAUGUUCUUUGGGAUGAUAACCACUUUGAAAGUGAUGAACUACAAUGUCUUACGUAUCAGCUCUGUCAUACGUACGUCAGGUGCACUAGGUCUGUCAGUAUACCGGCACCUGCUUAUUAUGCUCACUUAGUUGCUUUUAGAGCAAGGUAUCAUUUAGUUGAAAAAGAACACGAUAGUGGUGAGGGAUCUCACCAAUCCGGUUGCAGUGAAGAUAGGACACCUGGAGCCAUGGCAAGAGCAAUAACAGUACAUGCUGACACUAAAAGAGUCAUGUACUUUGCAUAAAUAGUGUACUUGUCUAAGUUCUAAAAUACCUGUCAUAAUGUAUAAGAAGAAAAUUGGUGAAAUAGAACAACGUAAUUGCUGACUAUCAAACUAAAGCAUUUCCAGGACUUUAAAACAUGUCAAACUUUGUUCAAAUUUCAAUCCAGUCCAUUAAUUUAUUUUUAUUAUCCUAUUUUUGUCAAUUGUUUUCUAAUCUAUUCCAUGUCACUAAAUAUGUAUAUUCAUCAUUAACUUUUGUUGUAGUUGUGAAUCCAAUUUUUAUUACUAAUAAUAUUAGUAUGUUACUGAUUAUAUAUAAUAAUCAGUAACAUUGGUAUAUUACUGAUAAUAACCAUCAUUAUCAUAUUUAUUAGGAUAAUACGGUAAACGU